AUGACGAGCUCCCAAGCACUGGAGCCGCCCUCUGAAGAUGUGCCCAUGGGCGACGCGGAGGAUGCGGAGAUGGAGCACGAAGGCGACUAUUCCACGGCAGAUCAGACGCCGCUCUCCAUGACUCCGGCCCUCAGCUCCAAUCCAAACGCUUCCAAAGUUAAAAAGCCCGAUCCACAUGCGAAGCAACAAACGAAGGUCCCCGGACACUUGCUAGAAAAACGUCGUCUGGGCCGCCAGAAGGCGGCCGAGCAGUAUGCCCAGAAAAUGAAGACCAUCGGCAUUGAGAAGCGGGACAACCCUCUGCUACAUCAACUUGGGCUGUUCAAGCCUCUGUCUUUGAUCAACCAGAAAAACUACUCCUCUGACUACCUCAAACGCGACGACCAGAUCUUUGCCAUGCGCGAGCGCAAAUCUCUUAGAAACGCAAAUGCAAACCAGGCCACCCCAGAUAUGCCCGAAGAUGACGACCAGGAGAGCGUUGAUGGUGAGAGUGAUGCUCAGACCAUAGUUAUUCAUCCAGGCUCCAGAAAUCUCAAAAUAGGCCUUGCUACUGAGGUUUUGCCGCAAUCAAUUCCCUGCUGCGUCGCGGUGCCCAAGCGACCCAGAACCUCCGACUCAACUCCAGAACCGCAAGUUGACGAAGAAGAGUACAUCAGCGCCAAAGAGUCAAUACAACAGGAUUUCAAAGAGAGAAUGCGAUACUACAAGCGCAAAGUCAUCCCAAACUCUCAUGACAUCGCCGUGAAUUUCAACGCCCGUGUGACGCCUGAAGCGAUCCCGGAACAUAACGAUUUGCACCGCGUUGAUUGGAUCCAGGAUGCCUCCAAGUGCUACUAUGGUAAGGAUGCCACUAGGUGCCUGCCCUCACACUUCACAGUGCGACACCCUUUUUGGAAGGGGCGCUUCAAUAUAGAGUCGCCAGAUUAUGGAUCCCUGCAAGAACUUCUUGUUGAUGUUUCGGAGCUCCUCAAAUUCGCGCUCUCGCAACCUAAAAUCGACGUUAGACCUUCCCAGAUUCCUAAUUACAAGGUGGUUAUCGUGGUCCCAGAUGCAUUCGACAAAGCCUAUGUCGAAACCUUCAUUAGACUUUUAAUCACAGAUCUGAAGUUUCAGGCGGUGGCUGUAAUCCAGGAGUCGUUAGCCUCAUGUUACGGCGCCGGUAUAGGUGACUCUACUUGUGUGGUAGACAUCGGCGCUACCACAACUAAAAUAGCGUGUGUCGACGAGGGCUUAGUCAUCGACAACAGCGUGAUAACGCUCGACUACGGUGGCGAUGAUAUUACUAAACUCUUCGCCAAGUUUCUCUUGGAGUCGAAUUUUCCAUACCAGGAUCUAGAUCUCAACAGCCCAGAAGGCUGGUCGCUCAUGGAACAACUAAAGGAGAAAUACGCAACUUUCCAGGAUGCAGAUGUCACAAUUCAAUUAUACAAUUUCAUCAAGCGGAUCCCUAACAAACCUGGGGCUGAGAAAUUCGAGUUUAAAGUCUUCGAUGAAGUAAUGACAGCACCAAUGGGUCUCUUCUUUCCACAUAUACUUCGCCUUCUGAAGGACAAAAAUGUGCCUGUGAACAAAUAUGUCACAAGCCAACUCCCACGCUCUAAGGACAUGUUCACUUGCAAGGAUAAUAACCCGAAAUCAGUGAGUCAGCUGGCCUGUCAGAAGAAAACUACUUAUUGUGAUAUGCACCGAGACUUGGACAUUCUUCAAAAACUUCUAAAUUUACCUUCAGAAAUUGAAGAAUAUCAAUCAAGUACCUGCGCAAAUUUAGAGCCAGCUUACACACCCUUGGAAAAAGCCAUAGUUGAGAGCAUCACGAAUGCAUGUGUCAGUCUUGACAAUAACCACUCCAAAGCUGCUAACUUUUACUCUAAUAUACUAGUGGUGGGAGGCAGCUCAAAGUUUUCAAGUCUGGACUUCAUCUUAACAGACAGGAUAAACAUAUGGAGGCCCCGGUUGCUAAGCGUUAACACGCUCCCUACAUUUCAGAACCAAGUCUCUAAACAAGUCAAGGAGUUCGAACAGACCCAAAAGCUGAGUGAGAUCAAAGACGAAGAAGAACUCGCUGCCCAGAAGAAAAAACUCGCGAAAACCAUUAAGGUUGAGCUUCAGUCUUACUGGGAAGGUGUCGAUGCUCUGGGCGGCAAUGAAAGUGUGUUCCCUGCAAACGUCCUCCCGGCGCCACGCGAAAUGGACCCUGCUUUGUUGACUUGGAAGGGGGGCAGCGUCUUCGCUCGACUGAAGUUGAUCGAGGAGCUUUACGUCUCUGAAAGCGACUGGGAUAUACUUGGGAGCCGAAUUCUACAAUACAAAUGCAUUUUUGAUUACUAG